CUGGAAUAUCCUGAGGAAACUGGCUUUAGGUUUCGGCAAGGGACCAUAAGAUGUAUGUUAUUGGUACAGAGUCAGCUGCCCAUUAUAUAUAUAUUCUUUGGAGUUGAAAUAGUUAAUUGGCACAGGUUUUCAUGGAAAAACUUCCUAAAUAUCCGUUUGGUAUUGCUGUAUAUACAGCCUGCAGUCACAGUAAAGGGAAUAACAAUAGCUGCUGACAAGCUAGAAUGCCAUAGAACAGACUGUGUAAUUGGUCAGUGGAUACAGUGGCACAUGACCUGUGUACAGGCGAUUCUGUGUGUUUGGAUCUAGAAACAGUUCAGUACUGGAUGACAGUGGAUAAAGAGAAGAUGGUGAGUGCUUGAUGCUCUGUGUAACGUGUGAGAUAUUCAGUGUUUUAAAAAACAACUAUGGCUGGCCAAGAGUUAAGGGGGUUGUAUUCCAUCAAACUAUAGAACCAAGAUUUGACAUUCCUGAUUUAGAAUGUUCAUGUUCCCUGUAGUUCGCCUUUACAUUAACCCUUAGGGUGAUAGAUGAGCGCAAGUGCGGCAAAACGUGGCAAUUGAUUUAAACAGUUUGGAAACAUAUUGGGCAAAACUGGCAUGUUGGUAUCCGUAAACUUCUUGAGCGCCUCUUACCGGUGAGCCACUUGUCUUCUCAAAUGAGGGCUAGGAGCCCUACUCCCAGACUCAUAUGAUGCAAGUCCAGUCUCCUAGCAUAGACAAUCUCAAGAUGGAAGCCAUUUCCUUGCGCUGUGUAACUGAUCAGCCGAUGUUCUGGCCCAUGACUACUGAAUGCUAUAACAUUAGUAACAAGACUUACCAGAACACAGCACAGGCACACACUGCGCCCCAGCCCCUCAAACAUUACAUAUGGGCCUGGCGCUGGCCAGGUCUUCAGUAAUAGAGGACAUUCAGACAUUACUCUUAAAUCUGGAAAUGUACCACUGGGUUAUGUAGCCAUGGGCUGCCUGAAAGAAUUUUGAGGGCUGUUAAUGUACUUUUUGAGACCGAUUAAAGUCACAGUGUUUUUGUAAUUUCUGCUGGUAAAAAAUGUCACAAAUAGAUCCGCCAGACUCUGAAAGUUCACAAACUGCUUUGACAGGUGAUAUGUGCACAUAACCAGUUAUUUUUUUUGCAGUAAUAUAACAGAUGGUUCUUUCUGUAAUUGGGCUCGGGUCCCCCAGUGAACCAUCACCCUAGUGACCCUCUUUCUAUUGCAGGGAUAGACAACCUUUGGCACUCCAGAUGAUGUGGACUACAUCCCCCAUAAUGCUCUUACACCCAUAAUUCUGGCAAUGCAUUAUUGGAGGAGUAAUCCAAAACAUCUGGAAUCCCGAAGGUUGCCUAUGCCUGCUAUUGCGUUAGGAGCCAUGCUGUAUUAAUAUAGUGGCAGCCUUUAAUGUUUUAGAAUUAAAGGGACACAAUAGUCACCAAAACAACUUUAGCUUAAUGAAGCAGUUGUGGUGUAUAGAUAAUGUCCCUGCAGUCUCACUGCCAAUUCUCUGCCAUUUAGUAGUUAAAUCACUUUGUUUAUGAACCCUAGUCACACCUCCCUGCAUGUGACUUGCACAGCCUUCCUAAACACUUCCUGUAAAGAGUAAUCUAAAUGUAUCCUUCCUUUAUUGCAAGUUCUGUUUAAUUAAGAUUUUCUUAUCCCCUGCUAUGUUAAUAGCUUGCUAGACCCUGCAAGAGCCUCCUGUAUGUUAUUAAAGUUCAAUUUAGAGAUUGAGAUACAAUUAUUUAAGGUAAAUUACAUCUGUUUGAAAGUGAAACCAGUUUUUUUUAAUGCAGGCUGUGUCAAUCAGAGUCAGGGGAGGUGUGACAAGGGCUGCAUAAACAGAAACAAAGUGAUUUAGCUCCCAAAUGGCAGUGACUUGAGCAGUGAAACCUAAGAGGCGUGAUCUAUAAACUAAAACUGCUUAAUUAAGCUAAAGUUGUUUAGGUGACUAUAGUGUUCCCUUAACAGAAAAUCCGUGGUAAGAGAAAAGUUCUAAAUGUGGGGCAGUCAUUGGAAUUAAAAUAAAUAAAUAUAUUUUGUUUUAAGUGUACUGAAAGUCCAUUUUUUUUUUUAGUUUAACUUUAUUACACCCUUUAUUCUAAAAAUAAAGAUUUAAGAAAGCCAUUAAAUGUACCUGCAUUCCAGCGAUGAGUAAGUCUCCUCUGUAGCAUCAUCUGUUCUGAUGCUCUCUGUCCAAAAAUAUGUUUUUCACAUUUGUUUUGCAUUGUGAGCAUGCAUAGCAAUUACUGCAAUCUGCCAAUAGACACUGACAGUCAUUGGAGAUUUGUUUUUGGCUAAAUGUAAACAUUGCUGUAUCUGAGAAACAUGAAUAUUUUACAAUCAUCAGACAAAACAUACAGAAUCCAUGCUAAUUCCUCUAAUAGUGACUCGUUUGUACAUCUUUCCCAAUGUAAGGUAUCAGCAAGGGCUUUUCUUAUUUUUAAACUUUCAGCAGUUUAGCAGAUAACUCCCUAAAGCAGUACUUUGUGGGUGACACCUUCAUUCGUUCUUCGUAGGGAGUAAUGGGCAUCUUGGAAAUGAGUUUUGGAAAUUAACAAAAUCUUUCAAAUUUAAUUUUUGCCCAAAUAGAUUUAAAUAUGAAGGUAUAAUUUCUAGGCAUAAAAACAUGUAUUCCUGACCACAUGGCCCUCCCUAAAUGUAGUAAAAUCUUACUUGUGUUCAAGUCUGCAGCUGCUGCCUCUGCCCUCUGAUCUGCCUGCUUGGCUGACAUCAUCAGAAGAGAUGCUCUGAGCCAAUCACAAUGCUUUCACAUUGUAUUGGCUGAGCUUGUCAAGGCGGUAAAUCAAAGGCACAGCCAGCAUAAGUUAAACACAGCUCUGGCCAAUCAGCAUCUCCUCAUAGAGAUGCAUUGAAUCAAUGCAUCUCUAUGAGGAAGGUUCAGUGUAUCUAUGCAGAGGAUGGAGACACUGAAUGGUAAUCACACUGUGCAGCACUGCCCCAGGAAGCACCUCUAGCAGCCAUCUGAGGAGUGGCUAGUUGAGGUAUCUCUAGUGUAAUGUAAACACCACUUUUUCUCUGACAAUACAGUGUUUACUUCAGAAAGCCUAAAGGUAAUGAUUCUACUCACCAGAACAAAUACAAUAAGCUGUAGUUGUACUGGUGACUAUAGUGUCCCUUUAACAAAAAAUCAUCCCAAAAUGUUCCAUUCAUAAUAAUAACCAAAUCACACUAAUCUCAGGCUUUGGUUUUGUUCCCAGGGGGGAGGUUACGACCUUGAGAUUUUCACAGAGUGUCCGGACCACGAUCUUUUGUGCUCUAUCUGCCGUGGUGUAUUGAAAUGCCCCGUAAUGAUUUCCUGCAGCCACAUCUUCUGCCGCAAAUGUAUCUUACAAUGGCUUAAAAGGUAGGUUAUUCAGACAUUAACUUGUUCCAGUGGCAGCUGGUGAAAUUUAACGGUGAUAAGGUGCUGAGGUUGUCCCAAAAUUACUACAAACCUUUAGACACAAGGAUUUGGGAAACAAUUUCCACUUUUAAGAAUUACAAAUGUAUUCACUGAUGUUGUUACCCAAUGACAGCCCUAGAAGACAUAUUAGGCAAACUUGCCUUUUAGGGACUCCAAGAUCUGAUGGCCCAAGCAAAACCAAUGGGUGAUGUCAAAAGUGUUAUUAGAACAGACUAAUCAUGUCUUGCCAUGUUGUUUAUAGCAAGCAAAAUGGGCAUUUAAAAAAAAAAAAACUUACACAUUUUCACCUAAUUAGUUGCUUAGCCUCACAGCAGCAUUUCCAUUCAUUAAUAAGGGAGAGUAAAACACUUUAAUUUAUCUUUAAUACUUUCAUUUAAGACAUGAGAGAAAUAUUGUGCCUGUUAUGACUAGCUGUUCGUGUCUUGGCCUAUAGUCAGUUAUGUUAAAAUUAAGCCUGGUCUGCAUAUUAGAAGCACUUUUGUUGAAGUUUGUUGCCAGAAUUCAACCAAGUUUUAGUUUCAGGCUUUACUACCAUUUUCAGGGUUUAGUAACUAAACAGUUAAAUCUAUUGUAUCAAAAGUUGAAUUUCAAAAUUUAGGCCAAAAAUAUUCAAACAGCUGGACUUAUUCUCCAAGUACACUUGCAGUCAUAGCUGGGCUAUUUAAGCUUGAAAUGUAGUUUUCCAGUUCACAACAAUUCACUGUUUGGCGAUAAACUCUUAAAGAAACAUAGAAUGUGACGGCAGAUAAGAACCAUUCGGCCCAUCGGCAGAUAAGAACCAUUCGGCCCAUCUAGUCUGCCCAGUUUUCUAAAUACUUUCAUUAGUCCCUAGUCUUAUCUUAUAGUUAGGAUAGUCUUAUGCCUAUCCCACGCAUGCUUAAACUCCUUUACUGUGUUAACCUCUACCACUUCAGCUGGAAGGCUAUUCCAUGCAUCCACUACCCUCUCAGUAAAGUAAUACUUCCUGAUAUUAUUUUUAAACCUUUGCCCUCUAAUUUAAGACUAUGUCCUCUUGUUGUGGUAGUUUUUCUUCUUUUAAAUAUAGUCUCCUCCUUUACUGUGUUGAUUCCCUUUAUGUAUUUAAAUGUUUCUAUCAUAUCCCCCCUGUCUCGUCUUUCCUCCAAGCUAUACAUGUUAUAUGUAAUUAAGAUAUAUAGUUAUUAAUAAAAGUGUGAAUUGUCUGAAAUAAAUUGUGAAUUCAAAGGGAAAUCCAAAAUAGCUGGAAUUAAUAAAAUAGCUGACUUUGAGGAUGUUUCCAGUUUGAUUAUUUUAGCCUUAUGUUUAAAACUCAGAUAAUUUUGGACAAUCUACUUUAGUGCAUACUUCUGUCCGUACUAUAUAACAUUGAGGUUUUUUAUGAAAACUCUCCUAUUAUUUUGCCAAAGCAUGAAAUGCUGACUUUAAAUCUCAUUUCCUUAGGCAGCAAACAUGCCCAUGUUGCAGAACCGAGGUGAGGGGUAAAUUAUUUGUCCUGAUGCACAAACUGAAGAGGAAAAUCAACCGCCUGCAAGUCAAGGUAAAGGAGCACCCACUACAUCAGACAGAGAACUUGAAGCGCAUGCCUAGGCAUGCCUCCCUGCAUGUGACUUACACAGCCUUCCAAACACUUCCUGUCAAGAGACAUCUAAUGUUUACACUUGCUAGCUAGAACCUGCAGGACCUUCCUGUAUGUAAUUAAAGUUAAAUUUACUGGACAAGGGAUCAAAACUUUUAAAGUAAAUUACAUGUCAUUAAAAAUGAAACCAUUUUUAUUCCAUACAGGCUCUGUCAGUCACAGCCAGGGGAGGUGUGACUAGGGCUGCACAAACAGAAACAAAAGGGAUUUAACCACUAAAUGGCAGAAAAUUGAGAAGUGAGAAUACAGGGGCAUGAUCUAUACACAAAAAACUUCUUUACUAAAAUAAAGUUACUUUGGUGGCUAUAGUCUCUCUUUAAAUGGUUAUUAUAUUGCUAUAGAACAGACAUAGGCAACCUUUAGCUCUCCAGUUGUUUGGACUACAACUUCCAUGAUGCUUUGCCAGCAUUAUGGGUGUAAGCGCAUUAUGUUGGAUGUAGUCCACAACAUCUGGAGUGCCAAAGGUUGCCUAUCCCUGCUAUAGAAGAAUGGGUGACUGAGCUAAUUGUCCAGUCAAUGAAUGGGUCACCAAGCUCAUUCCACGUAUAUAAUUUCUGUCCCUAACAAGAAAAGUAAUGUAACGCUGGUCUAGGGCAUCUGAUGUCUUGUGGUACAAUAUGUCGCAAUGAUUAUUUACUGUUUCUGUUUUGCCAGUGUCCCAAUGAGCAGAAUGGCUGCCCUGCACAUUUCCCUUUACUGAGGAGCAAAGAGCAUGCAGAAUCCUGCGCGUUUGGUUUGGUAGAGUGCGCGAACGAAGGUUGCAACACUGAGGUUCUGAGGAGGGACUUUUCAGAACAUAGCCAGCUCUGUGAAUUCUGGAGGGAGAUGUGUCAUAUGGGAUGUGGAACGCUGCUUAAUCCAUCCAACCGAGAUGAGCACAAUUGUUACAUGGAGUUGAAAGAGAACUAUGCUACGCAGCUCAACAAGUUACAUCAGAAAGCACGUCACAUAGAAACGCUUUCCACCCAAAUGAGCAGGCAGAUACAGCUACUCACUGAGAGCCUGGAUACUGAACAGCCAGUAACUCAUUCAGAAGAGUUAAACGCCUAGGAACAUCUAACGCACCAGCCAAGUAAAACUUAUAGGGUGCCAUUUUAAAGAGAAUACAAUUUUGCCUAUACAUUGUGCUUGCCAAAUCAUGGGCACAUGCAUGAAUUCAAUGUUAUCGCUAUGUUAUUUUUUUAUUUUUAAUAAAAAUGACAAGUUUGGUGAUUGCACUAGGUGCAUUCUAGCUACUGUCAGGGUUAUUUACUUAACUGGGAUGUGUUUAGAAAUGAGAAGGGCAUUCAAAAUUUUAGGUCAAAAUAAAAAAUCCAGAUGGGCUAUUUUGGCCUACAAUUUGCAGUUUCCUUCCCAUUUCUACACAAUGUCAGGUUUUAGUGAAUUACCCUAUGUUUGAGAUUUGGCAACAUUUGCGUGGUUGUUAGAGAAACAUAUAUACCCCAUACGGCACAAUGUUUUGAGUUAUGCACGACAGGUAAUGGGCCACAAGGGAUAGCACAGUGAAAACGGGUUGUCCAUGUCAAGAUUGGUGUUGAUGUGAUCUUGCUGCACUUAUUAUGAACAUUUCUCAAGUGUCCUGUGGGUAAUAAGGGAACAAACCCAGGACCUUUGCUGGUGAAUAUGACAGGCCAAUAACUACAUUAAAGGAACAUUAGAAAUACAAACCUACAGUACUAACGCCAUAGUGCCCUAGUCCAUAAUUACGUUAGUUGGCCAACCCCCGAUUUGUUUUAAAAAUAUAUUUAAAAAGGAUUUUACUUGCCUUUUCCCAGCGAUGAAACUCCCUCUGCACUGAAGACCAGUCCGUCUCCAGUGCCGUCAUUGAUUUGAUGCAACCUCCUCAUUGCUGGUCCAAUACAAUGCUACUUACAGUGAAGCAUUGAGGACCUGAAGCGCAUGCGCAGCAAGUGCCACACACACCCAAAACUACUCAAUACCGCCCAAUACUAUAUGCUGAAAUGUCACGUGACUGAGUUUUACUCGGACAUUCUAGCAGAGCGGUCUUUAGUGGCUGUCAGUAUGCCAGCCAUUAGAGCCACAUUUAACCAAUCUAUGUAAACAUUGCUGUUUUUGCAAAAUGGCAAUGUUUUACCUUGGAAGGUUAAAACUACGAACCACUGAACCUAGACCACUUUGUUUUAAUGAAGUGGUGUGGGUAACUUUAGUGCUCCUUCAAAUUUGUAUACCUACCUGAAGCUACCCUUGACUCCACACUUUGCAUGGGUGACACUUUCACUGCCAAGACUCACUUGAAUCCCAAAUUUGCAAAACCAAUUUCUAGGGCAAAUUUUGUGAAUCGUCCAGCUGCUGUGUACAUAAAAUAACUGGAGAUCUUCGGACAAAAAAGAGCUUCAAAUCAUGGUUUUGCAUAUUUUGGACUUUUGUUUUUCUUUUUUUCAGUUUUUUUACUAUUAGUAGGUUUGGUAGUUCUGUGGUUUCAAUUAUUGGAGGCUAUAAAGAUAUAAAAUUGAAAUAUGAUAUCCAGAUUGUACAGUAAUGAUGACUUUAUUUAUAAUUAAUAAAAAAGAUUUGAACUAAAAA